GUUACGGACUUGUUGCCAAGUGAUGUUUACCAUCAUGGCGGAUUUAUGUUCGUAAAUCUUUCAGGAUAUUUUUAUGUUUAAAGAUCUAAUUAUAAAAGAAAUCAGGCUUAAUUUCUAGGACAGAAAAGCAGGGAGGAAAGAUGUCCUACGGACAACCUCUGGCUCGUCAGAGCCUUAAUGGCCAGAUGAAUGGCCGGGUAAAUGGUGCAGCUAAUAGUCAAACUGGGGCCUCCUUAGACAGUCAGAUGAAUGAAGGUAAUCAUGGACCCCUGGCAGGCCUCAAAGCUGUGGAUCCAGAGCAACUUAAAGCAAGAUUAUAUUCCUAUGCUCCACAGCAAGCAUCAAUAAAUCCCAGAGUCUUACGAUUCAACAGAGUGACACAAACACAGGUCAAAAAAGCAAAUAUUCCAAUAGCUCCAAAAUUGGAGCCCGUGCCAAGUCUACAAAAGCAUCAAGAAAGAAACCAACCUGAAUAUAUACAGAAAAAGAAUAAGGAAAGGCUUGAAGCAGAGAAAUUUGCUAAGCUGGCUGAAGAACCAUUGAAGAAAAAACGCAAGAGCUCAGGCGCUCCACUUCCCUUGGAAAGACCAGAGGGCAUGCCACCAUCUCCCUUACCAGACUUGCCUGAUGACUUGAAACAGAAGCAAGAGACUCUUGGAUCUAGAGCACCAACACCAACUAAACAAGCCAAGGUUAGCACGCCCAGAGGAAAGGUGCAUGCAGCUGGCCCUGUUAUCCCAGCCUCAACAAAACCAAAAGUAUUAGAGACAUAUGAGGGUAUGAAUGACACCGGUAAAAUAACACAACUCAUCAAAGAUCAUGAGAGGAUCGGAUUCCUGUACUUGAGUCCAGCUGUACCCAAAUCUUCUGUAGAUUAUCACUACUAUAACCUGAAGGUGGUGAAUCAUGAAAAUAUUAACAAAUCAGACUACUGUACAAUCAGUCAGAAAGGAGUAACUCGUAUCCGUAGCGACGAUGAAACAGAAUUUGUUACGCUAGACAGAUGGGAACUGGAAUAUGAUUACUUCAGAAAAAUUAUUAAGAUCCCAACAUUUGCACUGUUCAGAAAAUGGAAAGCUUUCAGUGUAUGGAGAGGCAAUGUAAAAUCAAAGAAGAUUGCUCAAUGCAAGAAGGCCCUCAAUGCCAACCUCUUUAUAGUCAAUCCUUCAUUACGGCCAGCGUUGAUGAACGUACGUGAAAUGUGUCACAGGAUCAGUGACAUGGGUCUAUGCAAGGUCGAGAAAGGUCACACAUAUUCUCUCAGAGAGUUUAACGAGGCCCAGUUUACACAGCUCAGUGAGGUGGCCGGACGACUGAUGGAGUUCCGGGACCUUGUCAAGGAAGUUGUAAGAAGCGCCUGCCGUACUGCUCUUCUCGAGGCAGGAUUUACACCGGAUGACUAUUUCUAUGACGGUGGAGAAAGUCCAGGUACC